AUGCGUUCGUGGUGGACAAGGCGCAUCGCAGGUUCCUGUUUCUGGGCGUCUACGCGUGCAGGCCCCACUGCGGCACGAACGCGUUCACGUACGACAACAAUCGUCCGGGCGUCAAGGCACCCGACCGCCUGGUCGAGCCGUCGUGGGAGGCUCCCACCCCGACCAACAUCCUCGCCGCAGUCAGGCGGCACUACGGCGGGUUCGUCAUCGAUCAGUACCAUUAAUUGA